UUACCGAUUACCUCCAAUACCUUUUCGGAAUUAUACUUUUUAUUCGGUUGUGCGCAAACGCGCGUUUAAACAGCACCUGGGUGAUAAUAUAUAAGCAUGCGCGAACAGGUGCGACGACAUUGUUGACUAAUUGUUAGCAUGCACAUUAACGAUCUCACGAGACACCAACUCGACGCGAUGGCGGACAAGAGUGUUUUCGUAUCUUGUAAGGUUUAUUAGAGGUAUAUUGUACAUUCUAAAUUCUAACGUUGGAGCCGCCAGUAUUCGCUUGUAAAGUGUAGUCGAGCGCGGUAGUUUACAUCUCAUUUCCAAUUGGUGUCGUACGUAUACCAUAUCGAUUCUCGUCACCUUUCGAUCAGCUUACGAAUCGCGGCAUGUAAUUGUUACGAAAUUUUCUCCCGUAAGAAUUUAAGAGAGGGCAAAUGAUGUCCCAUCGUGUAGAAUCGCAUCCGUUGCCCGAUGACGAAGAGAAAAAUAUAAUAUCGCAGCAGCAGCGGCCAAACGUUCAAACUGAUAACCAAGUGCCGCUGUUUGAAGAAACGGGCAAGUGUGAGGCCGGGAAGACAAUAUUCUUGUCGACUGUCGAUAAGGAAACGCAAAACUCCUUAAAGGGCUCGAAAGGCAAGAAACGAGCCGCCUCCUUACUCGAUACAUUGAUCUCGACGAGUAUCGUGGCUCCUUUCACGAUCGGCUGUUGGAGAGGUAUAUGGGGAUGCAUGGAUCGUUAUGCUGAUUUGUUUCCCAGCUGGUCUUGUUUCACGCUCGGCGCAACUUUGCACGCAAUCUACACCAUUUUCAAACACCAAUUUCACAACGGCUACAUGCACAAGUGGGCUACGUCAAGUUUGGGAAAACGACUGCUUUAUCGGGUGUUACGAGUCUUGUAUACUUACACCUUUGGAGUGGCGUGCAUCGCGCAUUGGCGAGGUGGCUGGAUCAUCAUCGAUAAUUACCUAUUUAUGCACACGUUAUGGAUAACGACAUCUUUCACAUGUUUGCUACUGGCAUGCCUGGCGAUUCUACGUUCCGUCCGAAACUUGAUAGCAACCCCAUUGAUAAUCCAGAUCGACAGGCCGACUUUCGUUUUCCAAUUUCCUACUAGAUAUAACGUGAGUGUGCUGUUAUGCGAGCAGAUUUUGUUACAUCUUUGCUGACAUGCUGGCAACAUCAUCGAAUACAUACAGGGUUGUAUACCAGAUCUAGCAACGGUGAGCGAGAGCGAUGCGCGACGUUACGGCCCAAUCUACCACCAUUUUUCGUAUAUCAGUUCCUGUACAAAUUUCUAGCGGGUAUUUGAAAUCUCUAUCUUGACUCUCUCUCCAACGAUAGGCAUAAUUGACAAUGACGUCUCAGUCGCUUCUUUCAUCACCGCCUCAAGAGCCGCCGACCCUGUACUCAAUUGUCAAAUGAUGUUUAACAAUUGUAUACAGAGCGGCGGUAGUACUCUUGUACCCACAGUACUUGUACGUAAAAGUUUGUCAUUUUCAUCGAUUCAACACAGAUAGAAAAGUCUAUUUCUAAAAGCAUGCGUCUUCUCGAUCGUGUAGCAGUUAGGAUUAUUAUCUAUACGUUUCAUACGACGCGAACUACUUGACAGCAGGAUUACUCGUUUGUUUUCCGCAGGUUGUUUUCUACAUGAGAGAGUCUUUUUCAACGUUAUCGCGUGAGUCAAGUCGACCAAGAUCUCAACGGAUCGAGCCUUAUCAUUGUUACGUAGAUAUCGUAUUAGAUUGAUAAAAUUAUAGUUGGCUUAAUGAUCACGCACAAGUUUUCGAAUCGCGCAAACAAGUCCUACCUACGUUUUCGAUCCUUUCCUCAAUUUCCCUCUCAUUCAAUCCUCAAUCGUUGCAUCGUUUUUCCAGCAUUAUGUAUUAUACUUUUACUAAACGCGUUCGUGUAUACGCAAUUGAAAAUGUAAGAAUUCGAUGGUAAAGGCAAUACACAGUCGAUAGACUAUUAUACAAAUAGAAAGAUGGCAAAUCUCGUUUGUGUCGGUUUUCCCCGGAAGUUUAUGAAACGCUCUCACCGAUUAUCGUACAUUGAUAACAGCGAUACGCAAGCGUUGCGAUUGCAUUAUAUGGACGUGAGCCAACAUUCCUUAUCUAGCGCAAAAGAAGCGUUAUCCGUUUUUUUUUUAUCUCAUUUGACAUGAAUUAUCGAUCGCGCCGUGUUUGAUCAUUACGCGUGUACUGAUUUUAUCUUUUAAACGAAAAUUAAACUGCUUUUUCCCAAUGAGAAAUUUCCGAUGACGAUAUAAAGUAUAUAGCUUUUCAUAGAGCAUUUUUUAGUUUAGUCGACAAAUACGGUCGAUGAAUAAUAAUUUUCCAACUGGAUUAUUUGUAAAAAUUAUCUAUUGCUUCGCAGAACGUUGUUUCAUAUUUGGACACACGAUGAGUCAGACUCCAGUUAUGUGAUUGUACCGAGUUAAUCUAUUUGAGGGACUUGAUGUUAAAAUCGACAUGUGUGUGCAGAAAAAUUUUUUAUGUCUACGGAAAAUCUCCAAUAAUUAAUUGUAUUUGACAUGGCAUUGGAUUUUGUGACCUUGACGAGGCUCGCUGAAACGAAUUAGGGGACGAAGGUGAGAAGAUGUUGUAACCCAAGCUUGAUUGGCACACAAAAAGGAGUCGAUUAGCGAUGAAUUUGGCUAAAGCGUCAAUGGCUAAAUGAAUAUACGUCAAUGGCUAAAUGAAUGCGAGGCAGGAAAGAUUGGCCAGAAAAAAAUCACGUCAAGGUAACUAAAAAUUAUGCCAUUGUAGUCGAAUCAUUCUUCUCUAUUGGAGUAAAACAAGACAAGCCUUAUCUCAUUAUCUCUCUAGCCACGCGACUUGGCUUUUUUUUACUAGUUUUGAUAUAGUUUAAUACAAUAAUUUUGCGUAUCGUCGCGUGUUGUGUUCUUAUCACACCGAUCCAUAACUUGGUUGUGCACACAGCAAUUGUUGUUUGUUGAGAUAUAUAUGCUCGAAACGACUCUCACGCACACACACACAGGAAUACCUAAAAGUCGAGCGGAAGAUGAAAGAGACAAGUGGUUGGAGCUACCGAAUCGUUUUGAAAUGGUGUAUUAUUGCGGUAACGCGCGUAGCUGUCAUCAUCGGCUGCCACCGAUCGUUCUAAUCGGUGAUAGCACCGCGAUACACGAUGAAACGAGGCGAUUAUAACGCAUACGUAUUGUAGGUGGGGAUCGUCGACGCAGGAGAGAACGAGGGAGGAAAGGAGAGCAUACCGCGGGUACUAUCCUCCGUGCCGGUGGUCCGCCGCGCGAGCGACGACGUUCGCUAUAAUGCGAUAGUGCUGGUCCGCGCGUUUGGCGGUUAGCGGUUGAUAAAAGAUAGCGGUUGUACCAAAGACAAGUCAGUAGUCAGCCCGACCUGCUCGGAUGCUCGGAUGAUCGGAGG